GGCUUGGUCUAAAAAUUUGGUGCUGAAUUCUUAUCACAGUCUAAACCUCGCCUUCGCUCCAGGUCUUUUCUGGGAUGCUUCAUAACUAGUCGAUUCAAUGAGAGUAGCUUUAGAAAGCUUGUCGACAUGGUAUCACCAAUGUUGAGCUUUCUAGAGUUCUCGGUGUCUCAAUUAGUUCUUCUCACGAUCCUGUGCAUUGGCGCCUAUGCGUGGCUUUUCCAAUAUGUUACACGGCGUCGUGAAAAGCGAGAAAAUCUUGAUAAAAUCACUGUUUUCGCAGAUUACAACCAGGUAUAUCUAGACAUCGUUGCCGUUCACGGCUUAGGGGCGCACCCAUAUCACAGCUGGAAAACCAGUGGGGCACCUCCAGAUUCUGACUCCGACCUGAAUUCUAGUCGAGCGAUCAAAAGGGGUGCGACGGCAAUCAAUUGGCUUGAACAUGAAGACUUCUUAAAGAAGGAUUUUAAAAAUGCCAGAAUUUUAUCAUUCGGCUAUAAUGCCGACUGGUUCAUGGAUGCUUCAUUAUCGACAGCCCCGCAAAAGGCUGUGAUGCUCUUGAAGACACUCUCGGAGUUCAGACAAACAAGCGGGAAAACGCCCCCUAUCCUUUUUAUCGGACAUAGCUUUGGUGGUAUACUCGUUAAAUAUGCAAUUCACGCAGCACAUUCAGAUCCGCGAUUUGAAGAAAUCAACCGUAAUACUGCAGGUGUUAUCUUUUUAGGGACACCCCAUCAAGGCUCGACUGUAUCUUUAAUCGGCGAGAUUCUUGCUCGACUUACCCCCUUUUUAGGAUCUGAUACGACAUUGAUAAAGUUUCUAAGCCAUCGCAGCUCAGCAUUAUUGGAUUUGAAGAGGGACUUCUCUGCUACCAUGACUUCCAUAAUGACCCAAAGACCCCUGCCAGUAUAUUCAUUCUACGAAACGUUGCCAACAUUUCGUUAUGGUGUCUCGCUCGGCGUGAUUGUAGGGCCCGAGUCAGCUACUCUCGAUAUUGGAGAGCAUAUUCCAAUAAAUACGGAUCACUCCGGUCUGAAUAAAUGCAGAACGAGAGAGGACGAGCUCUAUAGAAAGAUCAGGGGCGCAAUACAAGGUGUCCAGAACACCCUUCGAGAACAGUUAGAUCCAAUAGCCAAAUGGAUUAUGGCGUCUAACAAUCCCGCACACGUAUACAAAUACCGAUUAGACCAUGAACGAGCAAGAGAGAAACUCAGUAGUUAUCCAGAGUUAGGUAAAUGGCUUAUCGAGUCUCCUGCGUUCUCCAAAUGGGGUGAAUUUUCCCAAACUUCAUUUCCGACAUUUUGUUUGCGGGGUGCAGUCGGUACUGGUAAAACUUCACUCAGAAGUCGUCGAAUGGUUUUGCAAGCACGAUCGUCUUAAAGAGUCUGACAAAUUGGUUUAUGUCUACUGCGCCCACGACGGUGAUGUAGGGGGCUGCCUGGACUCGGUGUUGCGCUCCCUUAUCCUCCAACUCGCCAUAUCAAAUAACGGCAUUUCGGUCCAACAGCCGGUGACUGACAAGUUCAAUUCCAGAGGAAAAUCUCAAAAACUGCUUUUAGAUGGAAAAGAAGACGAAUUGCUUACACAACUUUGCAGCCCU